AUGUCCACGGAGUUGACUGAACUCACCCGUAAAUACCUCCAAGUCUUUCCAUACAGCCUUUGGUCUGCCGAAAGUUGCUAUUCGGCCGUCGCGUUUAGCAACAGCUAUUCUAGCGAUCAGAUUUUUGAGUCCUUCUAUAGAUCGCUAGAAGAAUUAAAAGAAAAUUUGGACCCGGAUUCGGAGGCCAACAAAAAGUUCAAGAAACUUCUUGAUUUCAAAAAGAUGGACAAGAAGAGGGUGGAAAGACUUCUAACCGACCCAAAAGUAGAAGAGGUAGAAGAAGUCGCCGCCUCUCCUACAAAAAAACGAUUACUCGACGACGAUGUGGCUUCGUCAGCUAGCCUUCUUGAGAAGGAGCUACCAUAUUCCAUUACGAGGUCUGAGGCUUAUAAAGGAGAUGGUGACAUGUUCCCGCAUUCAUCGUUAUCAGUAAGUGGAGCCAGUAUUGGUUUGCUUUAUUUAUUUUCACAGUUGAUGCUAGCUAGCUUGUAUUGUUUUAUUAAUCGAGAGUAUUUCAUUCGUUUUAAGACUCUAGACCAACUGCUAAAUAAUCGAUAUCUUAAACCAGAGAUCACCUUAUUUUAUAUUCUUUCAAUUUUGAAAGCUUCUGAGAGGCGUCCAUCAUCGGGGUUGCAAGACUUUAUAUUUCUACUAACGUCUAUUUUGCAAAAUGUUACUGCUAUGAUGUGA